GCUCGGGGCGUCGGGGGUGCGCGCGUUGCCGCCGAAACUGGGGUGACGGCGGCGGGUGAGAGGGAGCGCGCGCUCCCGCGGACUCUCGCCGCGUUCAGGCACAACGCUGGCUCCGCUAAGAGCAAGUCAGAGGCGGCGGAAGAGGCGAAGGAGGCGGCCGAAGAGGAGGGAGCCGAGCGGAGCCAGUCGGCGCCAUGGAGGAGCUGAGCAGCGUGGGAGAGCAAGUCUUCGCUGCCGAGUGCAUCCUCAGCAAGCGGCUUCGCAAGGGCAAGCUGGAGUAUUUGGUGAAGUGGAGAGGCUGGUCUUCCAAGCACAACAGCUGGGAACCCGAAGAGAAUAUUCUUGAUCCCAGACUUCUCCUGGCCUUCCAGAAGAAGGAACAUGAGAAAGAGGUGCAGAAUCGGAAAAGAGGCAAACGACCCAGAGGCAGGCCAAGAAAAAAUGUUGAACCUGAAGUACCCCCCAAGAGCAAAUCCAGCAGCUCUUCCUCCUCUACCUCCUCUUCAACUUCCUCUUCUGAUGAAGAGGACGAAAGUGACCUUGAGACAAAGAGAAGUCAGCGGAACAGAGAGAGUCACCCAGUGCCUCAGAAGAAAGCCCAGAUUUUGGUUGCCAAACCUGAAAAUAAGGACCCUAUUAGGAAGAAACGCGGGCGGAAGCCACUGCCUCCAGAGCAGAAGGCAGCCAAGAGGACUGUCAACCUAACCAAGGUGCUUAAAGCAAACAGAAAGGAGCUGGGAGGGGGAGGGGGACCCAAAUUGAUGGGCAAGAUGCAGCCACAGCAUAGUGCUCAGAGUUCCGGCAUUGCCAUGCUUAAAUCCCAUAUGAAGGAAGCACAAGGUGCAUUUGGUGGCUUUUGUUCUGGAGCAUCCUCCAAUGAUAACCUCUCCAGUAUAGUGAAGAAUACUACCGUUGGAAGCCCAAAUUGUGGUAUCAGCUGGCAAAGCUCCAUUGUCCAUUAUAUGAGUAGGAUGUCACAGAACCAGAGCUCAGCAGAUGCCUCUGCAGUGGGACGACUGACUCUGAAGUCAGCUAUGUCCUGCAAGAGUGGCCUGGGAAUGGAUUUAAAACUAAAAAACCAGAAGGGUUCUGGGAACAUGGAGUUGACUGUGCAAGGAUCCAAAGUGACCAAGAGACCUAGUGGCAAUUCAUUGGGGGACCAAAAGACAGGGUAUGGUGCUGGUGGUCAGACCUUGCACAAUGGCAACAAAGUUCCUUCUGGCUCUCCCAGCAGCCAGCCAGCUUGCAACCAAGAGCUCAACCUACAAGCUUUAAAUCUGCAAAGUGUGAAGAAUGGCCCCAACUCCACUGGCAGUAGCAAUAUUUCUCAUCAUGGCUGCGGGGCAGUUGGCAAAGGCAGUGGCAACAGUUUAGUGGCAAAGACAAGCGUAACCAAGGGCGGCGGGCCUGGAAGUGGCCAGAACAUUGCAAAUACAGGGGCAGCCUUAAUGGAUGCAGAUCCUUGCAAAGGUGAGAAACCAGCACAAAGAGCAGCUAUUAGUGAGAGAGGUGUGGCAACCAAGAAUAAAACCACAUGUGCACAGGAGGGAUGUCCCACAAAAGAAAAGACGUCAGGAAUGUCAGAAGUGAGCACCGGAGAAGAGGAAACCAGCUCUGAUUCUGACAGAGAUUCUGCUUCUUUUCCUGGAGCAGGCCAGAAUAUGUCUGUCUCCAUCCAGACUAGCCAAGACUGGAAACCUACCCGCAGUCUUAUUGAACAUGUUUUUGUCACAGAUGUGACAGCUAAUUUGAUCACAGUGACUGUUAAGGAAUCUCCAACCAGUGUGGGCUUUUUUAACCUAAGACAUUACUGAGCUACUGAGAUAAGCAUUCUUCCUCCAUCUCAUCUGACUCUCCCUUACUGUCCCCUUGGAU